AUGAUUGCCUCCUUCCUCCUCUUCGACGGCCGGCAACAUGAGGUUCCACUCGUUAUGAUGAAUGAGGAGGGUGCGUUUCCGCGUUUACUUGAGUUGCUUCAGGUGCAAGCGUUGCGCAUGGAUGAUGACAGUGCGGCGGGAUUACAUCGGCUUUUGAUGGACCUCUUGUAUGAGCUGUCGCGGAUACAGAAGAUCAGAAUUGAAGACCUGAUUCUCGUGGACGACGACUUCGUACGCGGCCUAUUCGACAUCAUUGAGCAUUUGUCGUAUGACGCCAAUGACCCGUAUCACUAUCCCGUCAUUCGCGUGCUGUUGGUUCUGAAUGAGCAGUUCAUGAUAUCCGCCCAUAACCCUGACGAAGGAUCGCCAUCGGCCCCGUUGACGAACAAGGUCAUUAAAGUACUGUCUAUGCAUGGGAACUCCUAUAAAACCUUCGCUGAAACUUCAUUGCAACUUCUCACUCUCAAACUCCUAUACCUUAUUUUCACAACCCCGAGCACGUAUGAGUAUUUCUUUACCAAUGAUCUUCAUGUCUUGGUUGAUAUUCUUAUACGGAACCUUCUCGACCUCCCGGAGGAAGCCUCGGCUCUGCGACACACCUAUCUCAGAGUUCUCUACCCACUAAUAGCACAUACGCAGCUGAGGCUCCCGCCGCAUUACAAGCGGGAUGAGCUCAAGCGUAUGCUCAGUCUCCUUGUUCGGGGCCAGCUUACGGGUGAUACUGCCGCCGACUGCGAGAAGAUCAUGCAUUUCGAUGAAGUCGACGAAACAACUCGGAGACUAGUCCUCCGAUGCGCUGCCGUUGACUGGCUGCGUGAUGAGCCAGAGCCGUACAAACUUGCGCGCCCUCCGCAAAGGGAGGAUAGCUUGACUUUGUCCUUUCCUUCAAUCGACGGCGCGCUUCUUUCCGAUGCCGACAUAGGAACAUCACUAGAAUCGUCCCAAUCAAUCGGCUCGAACAGCACACGGGGCAGCUCACUAGAGGAUCUAACAUCUCCUCCAGGCGACGGCAGAGACUCCCCCGCAUCGGCGGGCGAAACUCCCCGCAAGCAUAGCCACGUUGAACGGCUUGAGAUGUACCUCGCUCCCGCCUCGUCGUCUUCACUCAGCGUGGACGAGAUCGCAUCCCAACGCGAAAAGCCGGGUGUCAUCACACCAAGCCGCCACGAUGGACACCUGCCCGGCGCGCAAACAAGUCCCACCAAACACAAAGUGAAGCCGCUACCCCCAAAGACAAGACGCUGGCGCGGUAGACGGGCAACGGUAGAUGAAACCGCUUCACCCCUCUCCACGGCAAGCAUCGCGGAAGAAAGGGGGAACGCUAGCAGUCCCAGCCCUCUUUCAUCGACACCUCUCGUAACCGCCUCUGAGCAAUUUUUCCCGAACUCAGAACGGCGAGACUCGUCCUCGACCAUCCAUAGUCACACUCACAUGUCUUCCGCCCACCAAGAGCCUGUCCACCUACAUCCACCACCAGCUAAGGGCCCCAGCACAACGCGCCGCUCUGCCUCCAACCCGCCACCGGCCGUCCCGCCCCCUCGCCGCUCCGCAGUCCACCACAACCUCCACCCAUCUUCCUCCAGCCACUGCACCCCGGCCACUAGCCUAAACCCCAGCCCCUCACGUCCAGCAAUUUCAGCACAAAGCUGUACCACUACCGUCGCUGCACAGAGCCACAAACAGGCCCAGAAACCUGAACCACCACGAACUCGCCGCUGGGGCCGCAAACACACAUUUACCGAUUCCUCGGACACCUCGCAGGCCAGCCAGGCGGGGAAUAGCAUUAGCAGCAGUGUGAGCAGUGGCAGCGGCAGCGUUGCGACGGCAUUUCUGCACCCGGAUUAUCCGUAUUCGCUUGAGAACACGUCUUCUCCUGCUCCCACUCCUGCUUCGACAACUGUUCUUGGAAAUGGGCCGGCCAUUGAGGCUGCGGCUGCGGCUGCGGUCGCAACUGAUAUUGUGCAACGUGAAGACCCAAAAACUACGGAAGCCGAGCCAGGUGUGAAUGGGGACGGGCAUGAGAUAAUUAGUGUUGAGAAGGCGGUGCAGAAUGUCUCGCUGCAGUAG